GCACAAGGCCGUUUUGAAUACUCCGUAUCAGUUGUUUCCAAUACCCGGCCUUUUGUCGCCAACCUCCAAUGGCAAAAUGCUUGUGAACAAGCACUGGUUACUACUUCCAGAACUCAAAUGCCAAACAUGACGUUCUUCCGCGCGCUUGGCAGAUGACAUCGCCACCUGGAACUGAACCGGGAUCUAGCGGGACCUCUUCGGUCGGGAGCUUGCAUAGCAACUCGCGCAUCUUCCAUUCCAAUGGUCUGUAUGAUUUGACACCAAUUGGCCUCUACGGGGUUAGAUAGCGGCCUUCGAGGCAACUUCCUCGCGUCUUUCGUUUUCACCUGCACCACUCCAUUUGGAGCUGAUGCAUGGCGGGCCUGACCAGAGCGAGACACAUCGGACAGCAGCUUCGGCUGCGCGGGCGGUAUCAAAGGCUGUUCUCCAGUGCUUCUGGCCCCCGUCCGCGCAGCUUUGCGCUUCGCUAUGGUUCUCCCUGCCUUAUUGCCGCCGCGGCUCUCGGCGUUGUAUGCUCCCCGCAAUUCGCCCUCAAACGAUUGAUCCAUAACGAUGCGCCCAAAGGCACGGCUUCAUGGUUCUCGGGAAGUGAUCUACAAGCCGACACUUCAAUAAGUGCCGAAGAGGCGGAAGAGAAGCUCAAGGAAUCCGAAAAUGGCAAUGGCAGUGGACAGCAAGAACCACCCCCUCAAUCUACGGUCGCGGAGGAGGAGAAUGACAACGAGGAUGAGAGCUCCCCUUGGUAUAGCUUCACGACUGGGUUGUUCAGCGCCUCGACCUCUCUGAGCUCGCUCUCCUCUCUUGGUGACACACUGGCGGACUACGUGAUUCCAAAAUGGGCGAAGCUGCUCCCAGCUCUCGUCACGAAGCUCCAGAACGAGCUCUCCGCCGCGCCAGGGACUCUAGCAGAAGAGAUAUGGUACGAGGCCAACAACCCCGAAUGCCACCCGGAAAUCAUAUGGGACGCAACUGUCCGGGUAUCGAACGACCUCUGUCAGGAGGAAAAGAACUACCUUCAAAAGAGAAAGCUAUUCACUCGAAGGGCGCUCGCGCGAUAUCUAGAUAUUCCAGAGGAGAAGAUACAUCCCGACGACGUACCAGUUAUUGCGAUGUGUGGCUCUGGAGGGGGCUUGCGUGCUCUGGUCGCGGGCACAUCGUCAUAUCUCUCAGCCAGAGAGCAUGGCCUGUUUGACUGCUUGACAUACACCGCUGGCGUGAGUGGCAGCUGCUGGCUCCAAACUCUCUUCUACUCCAACAUCGCAGAACAAAGCCAUAGACGGUUGAUCCGACAUCUCAAGAACCGCCUCGGCGUGCACAUUGCAUACCCACCUGAUGCGCUAGAACUCCUAGCUAGCGCCCCAACAAACAAAUUUCUAUUGGCUGGUCUCAUUGAGAAAGCAAGAGGCGUUCCGGACGCGGAAUUCGGCAUCGUUGAUAUCUACGGUCUUCUCCUUGCCGCAAGACUGCUGGUUCCGAAGGGGGAGCUUUCUGUCGACGAAUAUGACUUCAAACUAUCUCAUCAGCGGCGGUAUACAGACGAUGGCUCUAAUCCGCUGCCUAUCUAUACCGCUGUCCGCCAUGAGAUACCGCUCGUGGAGCAAAUCGACAUGCAAGACCCAGUGAUAGCAAAGGCCAAGGCUAAGAAGGAGCAAUGGUUUCAAUGGUUCGAAUUCACUCCCUACGAAUUCUGGUGCGAAGAAAUCGAAGCCGGCAUCCCCACGUGGGCCCUCGGCCGUAAGUUCAUCAAUGGCCGCACCCUCUGGCGCGAAAAUGGGCUCGCCCUUCCCGAACUUCGCGUCCCGCAACUGAUGGGCAUCUGGGGCAGUGCCUUCUGCGCCACCCUCUCGCACUACUACAAAGAAGUCCGCCCCGCGGUCAAAGGAUUAACAGGUUUUACAAGCUUGGACGACAUGAUCGCGGGGAGGGACGAUGAUCUAGUGAAGUUGCACCCCAUCAAUCCCGCGAGUAUACCAAACUUUGCGUACGGGAUGAAGGAUCAUCUUCCCUCGACGUGUCCGGAGAGUAUGUAUGAUGCACCGAAUUUGCAACUCAUGGAUGCGGGGAUGAGCAAUAAUCUGCCCAUCUACCCGCUCCUCCGACCGGGCAGAAACGUCGAUAUAUUGAUCGCCUUUGACGCCUCGGCGGACGUCAAAACAGACAACUGGCUCAAAGUCACCGAGGGCUACGCCCGCCAGCGCGGCAUCAAAGGCUGGCCCGUCGGCGCCGGCUGGCCCCCAGAAGAGGAGACAAUGGAAGAGAUUCAGCAGGAUCUCGAGAGAGCGCAGGCGAAGUCGGAGGAGCAGGCAGAGCAAAAGGUCCAGGACGCCAAAGACCAGGAGAGGCAGUUACCGAGACGAAAAGACAAUCCUAAGGAACUCUCCUACUGCAAUAUCUGGGUUGGCACGACCGAAGAGCGGAAAACGGAUGACGAGCCCCCACCUUCCAAACAGGUUGCAGACGACGAAGACUGGGAGCUUAUGUCGCCGGACGCCGGCAUAACAGUCAUCUACUUCCCAUUCCUCGCGAAUCCAAAGGUCGAGGGUGUGGAUCCUAAGACGUCGGAUUUCAUGAGCACGUGGAACUUUGUAUACACGCCGGAGCAGAUUGAUUCGGUAGUUGAGCUGGCGAGGACGAAUUUUCAGGAGGGGGCGGAGAGGACGAAGAGGACGGUACGAGCCGUGUAUGAGAGGAAGAAGCGGAUCCGGGAACUAAGAGAGGAGGAAGAGAGGGAGAGGAGGAGGAGAUGGAUGCUGAGGCAAGGGAGAGCCGGAGGCAGAAGGAUUGGAGAGGGUGAUCACGGUGACCAUUUCAGUUGAGCUCUGCGAGAAAGGGAGUUGCUAGUGGCUUGGUGUUGUAGAAGGCGCAGUUUAGAUACCCAUUGCAUUAAGUUCUCAGCAAACACCUAUGUAUGUUUAUCGAGCUUAGUUCGAGGAAUGCUUAUUAACCUUUGUCC